GAUUCGCAGGAGACAUAAGAGCAUUGAGUGCCGAGACAAUACCACAACUAACUAUAAGGUUUGCUCCACGUCGGCUUCCCUACUUGUAUGCCUGACUGCGCAUGCUCGAUAAUCAUCCCCGAUAUGCUAAGUGUGACACAAGCUAGACUUAUCAUUUUUUAUACGUUUUUCUCUUUUUAACACACAAUAAUUAAACAUGAAAACACGAUUCACCACAGCGGACAUCAGGGCUGUUAUCGCCGAGAUAAAUGCCAACUACAUCGGCAUGAGAGUGAACAACGUGUACGACAUCGACAACAAGACGUACCUCAUUCGGCUACAAAAGCCUGACAGCAAAGCCGUUCUGCUGCUUGAAUCUGGCAUCCGGAUCCACUCCACAGACUUCGAAUGGCCGAAGAACAUGAUGCCUUCAGGCUUUGCAAUGAAAUGCCGCAAGCACCUGAAGACGCGACGGCUGACACAGGUGAAGCAGCUCGGGAUCGACAGGAUCGUCGACAUCCAGUUUGGCUCUGACGAGGCCGCCUAUCACCUCAUCGUAGAACUCUAUGACCGGGGUAACAUCGUUCUUACAGACUACGAGUACACCAUUUUGAACCUGCUGCGAUUUCGUACAGCCGAGGCGGAAGACGUCAAGAUCGCCGUGCGGGAGCGGUACCCUGUGGAGAGCGCUCGUCCCCCAGAACCACUCAUCACUCUAGAAAGACUGACUGAAAUCAUCAGCAAAGCAACAAAUGGAGAGCAAGUGAAAAGGGUGCUGAACCCUCACCUUCCUUAUGGAGCCGCCGUGAUAGAACAUUGUUUAAUGGAAGCUGGACUGCCGGGCUCAGUCAAAGUUGACAGUCAAGUGGCGGCUUCUCAAGUUGCACCUAAAAUCCUGGAAGCCCUGGAAAUUGCUGAGAUGUACAUGGAAAAAGCAGAGAACUUUAGCGGCAAAGGCUUCAUCAUUCAAAAGAGGGAGAAGAAACCAAGCUCAACUCCAGGGAAAGCCAGCGAAGAGCUUCUCACUUACGAUGAAUUUCAUCCGUUCCUCUUUGCCCAACAUUUAAAAAGCCCCUACUUGGAGUUUGAUACUUUUAACAAGGCAGUGGAUGAGUUUUUCUCCAAGAUGGAGAGCCAGAAGAUCGACAUGAAGGCUUUGCAGCAAGAGAAGCAAGCAUGGAAGAAGCUGGAGAAUGUCAAGAGGGACCAUGAGCAAAGACUGGAGGCCUUGCAUCAAGUUCAGGAAGUGGACAGAGUGAAAGGUGAGCUCGUGGAGAUGAACCUGACCGUGGUGGAGAGGGCGCUGCAGGUGAUCCGCAGCGCUCUAGCCAACCAGGUGGACUGGACGGAGAUCGGUGUGCUCGUCAAAGAAGCGCAAGCCGCCGGUGACCCUGUGGCGUGUGCCAUCAAGGAGCUGAAGCUGCAGACCAAUCACAUGACCAUGCUUUUAAAGAAUCCUUACAUUACUGAGGAAGAGCAGGAGGAGGAAGUGUUGAAGGAGCCCAAUGAAGAGAAGGAGAAGAAAUUCAAAAACAAAAACAAAGACAAAGGACAGAACAAGAACCUGCAGAGGAACAAGCCCAUGUUGGUUGAUGUGGAUCUUGGCCUGUCAGCCUACGCCAAUGCCAAAAAGUACUACGACUGCAAGCGCAGUGCCGAGAAGAAGGAGCAGAAAACAAUCCAGGCAUCAGUUAAGGCCAUGAAAUCCGCAGAGAAAAGAACCCAGCAAACCCUGAAAGAAGUCCAGACGGUGACCACCAUUCAGAAGGCCAGGAAGCUUUACUGGUUUGAGAAGUUCCUGUGGUUCAUCACCUCUGAGAACUACCUCGUCAUCGCAGGAAGGGACCAGCAGCAGAACGAGAUGAUCGUCAAGCGCUACCUGCGGGCCGGCGACAUCUAUGUCCAUGCUGACCUCCACGGUGCAACCAGCUGCAUUAUCAAAAACCCCACAGGUAAUCCCAUGCCCCCUCGCACCCUGACAGAGGCGGGCACCAUGGCUGUGUGCUACAGUGCCGCCUGGGAUGCUAAGAUCGUCACCAGUGCUUGGUGGGUCCACCAUCAUCAGGUGUCCAAAACUGCUCCUACAGGAGAGUACCUGACCACUGGUAGCUUCAUGAUUAGAGGGAAGAAAAACUAUCUUCCGCCUUCCUACUUGAUUAUGGGCUUUGGCUUCCUCUUCAAGGUCGACGAGCAGUGCGUGUUUCGGCACAGAGGCGAGCGUAAGGUGAAAACGGUGGAGGAGGAUGUGGAGGAAGUGGCGUCCAGAACCGCUGAGCUGUUGGAGGAAGGGGAGGAGCUGAUUGGGGACGAUAGCGGCGCCGAGGACGAAGCAGGCGGAGAUGAGGAGGUGGGAAAUGGCGAUGGCAAUGCACCGCAAACGGGGCAGGCGGGCGAUAACGGCUCAGAGUUUGAGGAGAUCAAAGAGGAAGGAAGUGAAGAAUUGAGCUACCCUGAUACGACCAUCGCCCUCACUCACUUGCAACCCAACAGGAACUCCCAGAACCUCUUCUUCAAAAAGGAAGAGCCCCCUCAGGCUGAUGUCCACUUGCUAGGGAAGAAGCACAUGACGGCGAAACAGAGACGAGACGAAAAGAAGAAGAAGCAGAAACAGGAGGAAGUGGCCGACCCCGACAACACUGACGUGGACCCCAGCUCCAAAAGUAGCGCAGGCCCCUCCCAGGCGCCGCUGAAGAGAGGCCAGAAGAACAAGCUGAAGAAGAUCAAAGAAAAGUACAAGGACCAGGAUGAGGAGGACCGCGAGCUUAUGAUGCAGCUGCUAGGGUCGGCUGGUUCCGCAAAGGAAGAGAAGGACAAAGGAAAGAAAGGUAAGAAGGGAAAAGCGAAAGAGGAGCCUGUGAGGAAGCCCGUCCCUCAGAAGCCUCCUCCGAAGCCUCGCCAAGAGGAGGUUGCGGCCAAGAGACCACAGCAGACGGCAGGCGAGGAUGAGGAGGCAGCUCCUGCGGAACAAGAGGACAAGGAGGACGACGUGGAUCCAGACAACCCCGGAGCAGAGGAAGCAGAGAACCUACUCACCUCCCUAACAGGACUACCUCACCUUGAGGACUUGCUGAUGUUUGCGGUGCCCGUGUGCGCCCCCUACAGUGCACUCUCCAACUUCAAGCAUAAAGUCAAGCUGACACCAGGCAGCCAAAAGAAAGGAAAAGCCGCACGCACCGCACUUUUGAGCUUCAUGAAAGCCAAAGAAGCUUCAGUGAGAGAAAAGGAUCUACUACGCAGUGUCAAGGAUGCCGACCUGUCCAGGAACAUGCCUGGCAAAGUGAAAGUUUCUGCUCCCAACCUGCUGGCAGCCAAGAGGAAGUAAGACAUGUAGAUCAUUUAUAUCGGAUACGUGAUUUACUGCUGGAUUAUGAAAACGGACUCUAAUCACCAAAAUCCGUCUUUGGAAUUGGGGUGGGGAGAAUAAUCAUGUGAGUAACAAAUUUCUCUUUGAGUGCCUUUCAUUUUCACAAUUUACACCCACUAGCCACAACAUUAGGUACACCAGGUUCAACAUAUGAAAAUUCUCUAUAUAUGUCAGCAAUGUGUUGUGUUGUGGCUGUACUUAUACUACUGUGAAAUUGUUUUGUGUGCUGCGGAAAGGACCUUGUUAAUAGGUAUCAUGAACGGUAGCCAACAACUGCAAAACAAAUUACAAUUACACCACCCGGAAGGGGAACGUUCAUUUUCUGGUUAAUGUUGGUGGCCGAGAAGUGCAAAACACUUGAAUGAAAAUGAAAACAAAUGACAAUUACACUAGCCGGUAGGGGAUUGUACCACACGAAUCACACAGGAAGCAGUAACAUUUGGAGUUGUAGCGUGUGUGAAUGGAGGCACACAUUUGAGCUGCUUGAUGCGAUUUUGUUGCACAUGUGGCUGGUCGUUGGAGUUGUUAAAUAGAACUCACCAGACGGAAGGAACAGAUGUACUACAGGAGUCCAGCAAAUAUUUUAAUACAACAGGGGUACAGUCCGCUUCCGGGUGGUGUAAUUGGAAUUUGUUUUGCACUUCUCAGCCACCGUACCAUCUUGCUAAGGUGAGGCACAACAGGGGUACUUUUACUUUCUAUUUAGUAACAAAAAAUUAAAUUGUGAAAGUGUAAAGACUUAAAAUAUUUCUUUAAGAGUGAGAGUUGUGUCACUUGUUGGGCCAAAGCUGAUGCUCAAUACAAAAAGUAAAACAUAUUUUAUUCAUUACAGAGCACAAUUUAAAAACCUUAUAUAGAAUAUGUUGCUUACAAUGGAAAGAAAACAUUGUCCUUGUCCCUUUAGAGUCCUUGAAGCUUGCUGCAAAGAUAAGAGAGCAGUAUUAUUAAUUAUUGUUCAAACAGCAGAUAUUUUGCAACGCACAGAAGUGUAAAACAUCCCACCUGUCCUCAACUGUUCUGUUGGAUGGGUAGUACACCUUAAAUGUAAAACCACUUUUUGGGAAAGAGCCCUGUAGUGAUAAGACAUUAGCCAUCAGACAAGUCCAACAACACUGAAUAACGUAUGAAAUAGAAUACAUACUGGAUUGACACACAGGCAGUCCAAGUGGUUGAUGCUGAAAGGGUCGUACUUGUCUGCAAAGACCACAACGUCAGGGACUGGGUAAACUCGUAAGGUGUAGUCGUACGCCCAAAACACAGGACUGACAUAGAGGGGCAGCGGGGUCAGGUGGGCCUGGGACAGGAUGGUCCUAACAAACUGAGAGCAACGAAGUGAACAUCUGGGUCCUAACAGGGAUUUUCCCAAAUUGUCAUGAGACUCACGUGGUUUGGAAUGUCAAGAUUGCUAUUGGGCAAGCCCACGCAGUUCCUGCACAUCUUGUUGACCAGGUCCUCUCUGAUGACGAUGAUCUCCUGGCUGCAGUACUGGAUCCUGACAAGGUAACAGAGAACAUGGGUCUGUCGCUCAAAUUUGAUAUGGUUUAAUAGAAUUCUAUAAACUACAUUAAUCACUCCUUUAUUGCGAUUAAUUGGUUCAUCACCCAAGUGAUUUUCCGUGAAGUAGGAGUCUUUCUUUAGAAAUGGAAUAUUUUCCUAGUUGGAGCACAAUAAACCUGUUUACGACCUUCUAAACACAAUCUUUAACAUUAUUAGAGCCCUCUAGACAUGAAAUAUCACCCCAUAGUCACCUUUACACUUGUACUACCCACUAUAGUAGAUAUGAUCAAAGAAAAUAACACACAUUAGACAUGAUAUAGACUCACACGAGAGCACUGGGAUAGUGCCUCAUUGUUUUAAACUUCCUGUUCUGGAAAGUACUUCACGUGGUGGCUACUGUCGCAUCGACGUAAUAUUACUGACACCUAGUGACCAGGGUAGUAAUACAGAUCACCAUAUCUUUGAAUGAAUCUUCUGAAUGCCUUAGUUUUUACUCAAUUUAACCAUUUUUAUGCUUGAAAAUGUUUGAUUUAGGCACAAAAUAUGUAAAUGCUGCUUAAAAUUUGCUUAAAUAUGCACAUGUUUUUGGACUAAUAGGCCGUGUUCAACCACAAAACAAGAUGAUUUAUUAAUAUUUUUGACAAACUGCGAUAGAGUGUACAAAGUCGAAGCGGUGAGGGAUUACUGUACACAUUUGUUGUGUUGUUGUGUGUAUUGCAUGUGCAGUACAGUGGUACCUCAAAGUUUUUAGGGUGUUAAAACUUCAAAAAGCUACCACUGUAUUUGUGUGAUUUGGCGUCAUUUUAAAGAUGAUUGAGUUUACAAAAUCCCAGACUACUACCUGCAUGGGUUGGUGGUGAACACUGAGAAAGGAACCCUCCGUCUGAACUCCUCCGUGAUGUGAUCAGCCAGCGGAGGGCUGUUGAGAAACAUCACUGACUUAUUUCAACCACUGAACUGCUUUAUUUGUAAUGUUCAUUUAUUGAUGCUAGUUGAAAGGCUAUUUCAUGGGUAAAGUGGGCAUAGCUUAGCUGUUUACCGUGGCAGGAUGGUACCUGGACCAGGGUCUUCAGGGCCGGGGACAAACACAAAUCGACUACUGCAGGUGAAAAAAAAAUGUCAGUCAAAUGUUUUUUGUUUUUUUUUAAAUAGUUUGUGACAAAAGAUAGCUCGUACCUGCUGUGAAUGCUGGGAUGUGCACAUAUGCUGUCCGCCAAUACCUUCAGUGACUCUACACAAAGAAUAAACACCAUACUGUUUAUUUCACCCUACAGAGAAAUGUCAAGAGCUGAAAUAACUCACCUUUCAGGGAUUUGAUUUGAGUUCUUCCAUAAGGGGCCGAAGAGAAAUUUCCACAGAAGAUGAAACAAGUGGGAGGCAAUGCAGCAUAGCCUGAAGAUGGGAAAACCCAAUAAUAACACCAAUCAUAUGUUGCUAAAAUAUAGUACAGUAGUUGACAGAGUUCAUUUGUUCAACUACGGAAAAUACCAGAAAAUACUAAAUCACAAAUGAAAAUUUUUAUCAUUUUAAAAGCCACAAAAAAUACACAAAAAACUGUUCAUUAGAAUUAUUAAAAAUAUAAUUUGUUUUAUUAUAUACUGCGGUAUAACAAUAUAUAUGUCAUAUAUUCUUAUUUAUAUAUUUUACAACUACAUGAUACUUAAAAAAACAAAACUAAUUAAAUAAUUUAAUAAUUAUGAAUUCAAAUGAAAUGGAAUAAUAAUAUUAGCAUACACAAUAUG